CAGGCGGUUUUCAAAUGGGGGGGAGUCAAGGCACCCUUUAAAAUGAUGGAUAAUUCCAAGGCACCCUCUAAAAUGAUGGACAAUUUCAAGGCACCCUUUAAAAUGAUGGACAAUUCCAAGGCACCCUUUAAAAUGAUGGACAAUUCCAAGGCACCCUUUAAAAUGAUGGACAAUUCCAAGGCACCCUCUAAAAUGAUGUACAAUUCCAAGGCACCCUCUAAAAUGAUGGACAAUUCCAAGGCACCCUCUAAAAUGAUGGACAAUUUCAAGGCACCCUUUAAAAUGAUGGACAAUUCCAAGGCACCCUCUAAAAUG